AUGCUUGGGUGGGAUCCUAAUGUGGUUGAUGUUAUGGUUCUCUCGCAAACUGAUCAGGUGAUUCACACUCAACUGAUGUUUAAACUCGAUAAAAAGUCUUUAUUUUGCACGUUUGUCUAUGCGGAUAACCAUUAUAGAAAUAGAAGGGAUUUAUGGAACAACUUGUGCGGUCAUAGCUCGUUCAUGAAAGACAAGCCAUGGGUAAUUAUGGGGGACUUUAAUGCCUCAUUAUUUCAUGAUGACUCGAGUACCGAUUCGUCCAGUUUUAGCAUCGGAUCGCGUGAAUUUAGGGAGUGUGUUAAUUCUAUUGAAGUGUUCGAUGUUAAUAGCACCGGAUUACAUUACACAUGGACGAAUAACCAGCAACGAGGCGGCACUAUUUUUAAAAAAUUGGACCGAACUAUGUGUAAUAUGAAUUGUGUUAAUGCUUUUCCUAAUGCGGGAGCUUAUUUCCAUCCGUUUCGGGUCUCGGAUCACGCCCCCUGCAUCUUGAAGUUGCCGACUGUUGCAAAAGAUAAACCAAGACCGUUUAAAUUUGUAAAUUUAAUAGCUGAGAAGCAUGGUUUUCUGGAAGAAAUAAAUCAGAUAUGGAGCAAAGAGAUUCCAGGAUUUCGUAUGUAUCGAGUUGUUAUGAAGCUUAAGUUACUUAAAACACCGUUACAAAAACUAUUCUUUCAACAAGGAAAUUUGCAUGAGAAUGUAAAGAAGACGAGAAAGGAACUAGAUGACUGGCAGGUUGUUAUCGAUCAGGAUCCGGCAAAUCAGGAUGUGCUAGUGAAACAUAGUAUUAUUCUCCAAAAAUACAAGGAGGCAAUCCACGAUGAAGCCGUAUUUUUACAACAAAAAUCGAAAGUUGAUUGGUUAAAUCUUGGGGACUCGAACACGAAAUACUUCCAUAACGUGGUGAAAGCCAAGAACCACAGAAGCCGAAUUCUGUUGAUUCGUGUUACGGGUGGAACAUUACACGAAGGGGGGCAGCGGCAAAAGCAUUAG